CUCUCAUUCCAUGAAAUCUUGCUGCAAUUAUUGCAUGCUCAUGUUUUAUCUGCAGGCCAAAUCCUCGCAGCUCAACUUUUUGGCCCCCCCUCUUCGACCUCUCUUCCCGCCUCCACCUUUGGGUAGUCUUUGAAAUCAAGUCCCCCCUUCCCCGAAAACAAGAGUUCUUGGCAAGCCAAGCAUUCUUACUCUCCUGCUCGUCUUGGCGUGCAUCAGAGCGAUCCCAUCAAUUCGUACACGGUCCUUGUCGAUUUUAAUUGAUAUUUGUCUGUAUCCAGCAAAGCGUUGCGUUGCCCGACAACCUAGGGAAGAAAUACACAAUUGGCCCCGCUGUCCCUCUAUUUUUCUCUUGUUCUCUAUCGCAGCCGGGCGGCUGGAAGAUCCCGCCCGUCAAUCAUCGCGAGGAAGCUGGGUGGUCCGGUCCGCCUGCUUGCUUGCUGGCUUGAGUUGCUUGCUUGCCUGCCAGCCUGCUUGCGUGUGUGGCAUUGAGAGGCGCUGGCCAUAGCCACUCACACUACCCAUUAGCCUGUAUCUGCACAAAUCGCAAGCCGGGGGGUUGUCGCGCCACUCAAUCGGUAACUUUUUCACCCCUGGGCUCUCCAUUGCUUGUGUUUGCCUACCCACCACCACCACCACCACCAAGCCACUUUCAACUGCCUGCCAGUCGACAAGAAGAACAGAACGUCGUAACACCCUCGCUCAGCCGACGCUUGACCUCCGUCGUGUGCCCGCUCGGGCGGUAGUUUUUCCAACGGUCCAAUUCAAUUCCCCCAUUACAGAAGCCCCCGGCAUCCCCGGCCGUUUGGUUCCGCUCAUUCGCCUGUCGCACCAAAUUAACCGGUACCAAUUCGUGUCAAUCCCUCAUACCGUAAAAAAAGGCCCCUUUUGAAGGCUUGGCGGCACAGAACACGACUCGUUCGUUUCCUGCACUGCUCGCUCAAAACCAAGUCAGAGAGAAAGAGGGAAGGAAGCAGGUGUACUACACCGACCCAGAAAGAAAUCAAAAAGCCAGUAAGGGCACAAGGCCAAGGUUUAAGGCUGGCCUUCACCGUGCGCUGAAUUCGAACACGUCGCGAUCGAUCAAUCAACUUCAUUCUGAGGGGCCGCGCGCAUGCAUGUGCUGGCAACGCCUCGAAGACUGCGCCGCCUCGCCGAUUGGGCACCUCACCUAACAUUGGGUUUUCUCCCUAACGCCGCCGUCGCCGCCGCCGCCGCCGCAGACUCGGGCCUGAGAAGGCCAAGAAGGUCUACACGCACCUUCCCGCCUGCCGAAACUCUCCUCGCCUCUACAUAGAGUUUUCUUCCAAGACCACCACAACAUUACUCCUUGCGAGGGGCGUCGUACAGACCCAGCACAGGCUAGAUGGGCGGCUCCUCGGCCUCCAGGAACCAAUCUUCGCUGCUUGAAGACACGCACACGAGCCGAUCGCUAAUCUCUCGCCUCUUUUCGCGUUCAAAGACGCGACACAUUACCGAUUUCCACAUCCGCCCCGUCGAUCCGCACCGCAAGUACGCCAAAGGCGACCAUGUCACCGGCGCCGUUGUUUUGACUGUCCUCAGGCCAAUUCGCAUCACACACCUAACUGUUGCUCUCCACGGCUUCGUCAAGGUCUUCAAGAGUCCCAACGCAGCCCACGAAGCCACGAUCAAUACCGCGCAGAUUGCCUCUGGCGUUACCAACCGGACACGAUACCUUGGCAAUGGCCUCGCGUCACUCUUCCAAGAUGAGCAGGUUCUUAGCGCCGACGGAAAGCUGGAGGCGGGGCGUUACGAGUUCAAUUUUGAUCUCGUGUUUCCAUCCAAGGUUAACCUUCCAACGAGCAUCGAUUUUGAGCGAGGAACCAUAUCAUACAUGAUAUCAGCAACUUUGACGCGACCGACAUCGAUAACUCCGACGACAGUAUGCGACAGGAAAAUUUACUUGGUGGAGAAAGUAGACAUAGGAUCCAUCCCAGCACCGCGGCCGCGAACGAUAUCUCUCGAGCCAAUAUCCAGGAGGACACGGAGGAGGAGGACGGACCGACCAAGUACCCUCGGCGGAGCUGACAGGGGCUCAUCGCUGGGCGAUUCCCAUGAUGUCACUUCUUCUGACUUGGAUUCCUCCAGGGCACCUGAGAGUGUUGCUGCAGAAUCCAACAUCGCAAACGAUGCCGCCUUCGAGGGCCAGCAAGCCCCGCAAAGUCCCACACGUACCGAGAUGCCCGAUGUCAUGAGCGAGGUCAGCACAGAGAGCGCCAUCACGAGUAGCAGUGCGGGCGCAAGCGUUGGAUACAAGGUCAGUGAGGCAACGGGAAGUUCUUCGGGCUCACAAUUUGGUGCCAGAACACCUACGGUUGAGGAAAAGACCAUCACCGCCAGCGUCGAAAUGCUCAAGGGUGGCUGCCUACCGGGAGACUUUGUCCCCGUCAAGAUCUCAGUGCACCACAUCAAGAGGAUAAAAAGCGUUCAUGGAGUCAUUGUCACUCUGUACAGGCAAGGAAGAAUAGACUCGGCACCGCCCAUAUCGUCUUUCCAGGGCCUGUCCAAGGAAGACGUGCGUCGCCUGGAAAAGGAAGAAUAUUUCCCACGGUCGAAAACAGGGCUGAGCGGCUUGUCUUUGUCAUCAGCUGGUUCCUGCAGCGUCUUCCGCAAGGAUCUCUCGCAGGCCUUUGGUCCUCUGAUCAUCGACCCCAUCACACUGGACGCAAGCGUGACGAUUUCGGUUCGAGUACCAGAGGAUGUCUUUCCUACCAUCAAGGGCGUGCCCGGGGAGCUGAUUAGCUUCAAGUAUCAAAUGGAGGUAAUAGUGGACUUGGGAGGCAAGCUGGCCAGCCAAAUCUCGUCGGUACAAUCCAAAGCCGGCGGCAUAUCUGCCGGUGGCGCAAUGCCCUCUGCCAGAAACCCAUACGAAAGCGGAGGCUCGUCUAUCAUGGGAAGCUGGGGCAACAGCAUCAUAGAUACGGACCAGCUGCGUCGCCACAAGGGUGUCAUCUCGGUUGUGUUCGAAGUUCCUGUAGGGAGCGUGGACUCAAGUCGACAAAGGACAAGGGGCGGUUCUCUUCGUCCGAAUCCCCAAGCGCGCCAGCCGUCGCAAGCGACCGAAUCGUCGCAAAUACCGACAGUAGGCUAUGGACCGGAAGACAAACAGCGGGCUCAGUCAGAGCCAGCUGGGCAAGAGGACUAUGUUCACAGUCAUGGAAGUCAGGGCAACGGACCUAUGGGACCAAGUACUGAAUAUGUACCCAGCCCGUACUACACUCCACACGAUCCUCGUCAACAGCAUGCGCCGAUCUACAUACCACCCCCAGAUGUGCCGAACGAUAUGGGCCUGUCAGAAAAGGAACGAGCGCGCCGAGCGGAGCAGAGACUGCUGCCAAGUCAGCCUCCAGCAGCCCCAUUUGCAAGCACGUUAUCCGAGACUACCCUUGAGGAUAUAUACAACGUCGAGGACGACGCAGCAGCAGGGCCGUCGUCGGCUCCCAUCGUAGGAAACUCUAACGGGGUUGCAACGGCACCGACUCUGGACGAGGUUGAAUCUGGCGAAGCAGCGGUUGGCAACAGUGAGGACAAGCUGGAGAGAGAGCGUCACCGUCUGCUGCAAGAGGCAAGCGCCCCGCCUGAUUUCCCCGAAGACUAUGACACGGGGGACCCAGGUCCUAGUAAUCAAGGGCCUGUCACGAGUGCGACGGCGCCGGCAUUAAGCUUUCAGCCCUCGGCACCUAUACUCUCCGAGGACGACGAGGACCCUGGCAGCUCGUAUUUCAAUCAGCACACGAGCACAGGGGAUUACAUGGGGGCUGGUGCCCUGGGUCGUCCAAUUACGGCACCUCACGAGCCACUUCCUCGAUAUCAGAGGUAGCAACAAGGGAUGAAAGAGCGCCCAAACUUGCUCGCAUUAACGACGGUCGGUCUGCUGAUUUGAAGCGAUACUGUACAAAAACAAAAGAAUACAUCGAACGAUACCCCAUUGGAGUUUGGAAUAGGUGGCUAGUUGUUUCUAUAUAUAUACAUAUAUAUACAUAUGCGUGUUGGGCGGUUGAAAAUGAAAAGGAGUUCGGGAUGAUUGCGUUUGGGGUGCACAUAAUUAUGAGCUUUUUAUUUCAAUCAUGUGUCUGGAGAUAUGCGCUACGUAUAGAGAGUAACGUGUACGCAAAUGAAGACCCGGGUUAAGCGGUAACACCACCGUCAGCUACAUGAAUUCAUUAAUUGAUAUGAGGCCU